GUGCCGGCCCCGGGCGCCUGCGCGCGGCGGGGCGGGGCCGGGCCGGGCCGCGAUGUCGCCGCCGGAGCCGGGGCGUGCGGCCGAGGCCCGGCCGGUGCUGCGCUCUGUCAACACGCGAGAGGUCUCCACGGUCGUCUUCAACAACUACAGCCCGCGCUGCGUGCUGCCCGUCUGGCUGGACUUCGAGGGUCAGCCGCGCCAUUACCCGGUCCUGCAGCCGCGCAGCGGGCGCGUCAUGACCAGCUACCGGGGGCACCUCUGGCUGUUCCGGGAUGCAGGGACCAAUGAUGGGCUGCUCGUCAACCAGCAGGAGAUGUUUGUGGCAGCCCCCAAUGUGACCAAAGCUAACAUCACACUGCCAGUGUUCACCCUGAAGGAGAGAUGUCUGCAGGUUGUGCGCAGCCUGGUCAGCCCAGUGGACUACAGGAAACUGGACAUUGUUCAGUCGUUAUAUGAAGAGUUGGAGGAUCAUCCUGAUAUUUGGAAGGAUCUUCAGCGGCUUUCUCUGGAGAGGAAUGAAGCACUGAGGAACAAAAUUGUGGAAUAACACCCUUACUACAGCAAAGCACUGAGUCUGAGCAGUGAGAGUUGCCAGGAAACACACCAAGAACUGAUGCCUCCAUUUAAAGUUUUGAAACAUAAACUCAUAACAUUGGUGAUAAUCAAAUCAAUAGUCAAAGACUGAACGGCAGCUGGAGGCAUGCCAGGAUCUAAUGGUUCAGUUCAUUUCUUCAUUACAUGUAUUGCAAACUGUAGGGUAAGAUCAGGGCAGCUAAAUGGAAAAUAUUCAUACAAAGUUACUUUCAUUGUAUUAGAAAGCAAACUACACCAAGGAUUAAUUUAGCCCAGACUAAUGGUUGUGUCACUGGUUUUGUUUGAGUAAUUUGUUUUGAUGGAAUUUCCCUUUCACAUGUAGGCUCAAUGUGCCUGUGGGUCACAGAGCAUAAGUAAUUUGUACAUGAGGGUUUCCAGCAGUGCCUGACGGUCUGACAAACAUUACAUGGGUGGAAAGAUGAUAUGUGAAUGCUUGGAGGUUAUUCUGCCUCUUAUCUUGCCAUGUACAAAGCCAUGUCGGAGCCACUCUAGGUCUGACAUGUUUUUACUGUCAUCAUACCUCGAAUGCCUUAUUUGCCUUUGUCCUAGGAUUCUUGCAUGGCUGAUCUCAGCCAUGCAGACCAGAUCCUAGUUUUGGACACCCUUGUCCCCCACAGCUGCUUCCCCAGCAGCCUGUACAGGGUUCACAGGAGGUAGAUGCUUUAAGUUCUGUCUUUUCCCCUUGCAGUGCUGUAGUCCAGGUCAUAGUAGGAGGCCUUUCCAGGGAGCGUGGGCCUGUUGAGCUGCCUGUGUCUUCUCAGGACCAAUGGGAGCUGUACUGGCUCACACAGCUAGCUCACAAACAAGGGCGUGCUCAGUGGCAGGCUGGAGAAAGAGAGAUAAAACUUCCUUGCCUGUAUUCUGUUCCCCACAGCUCAGUGGAGGUGCUCUUGUGUGAGUGCACACAGGGAGUUCAAAGCAGCACAGUUCAGAGUUAUAUCAAUUGUCCAUUGAGCAAGAUGUGGUGCAGCUUAGGUUAGAAGCAGAUUGUUGGAGAUUGAUUACAGCAGGUUAUUUCUGUGAAUAUGUUUCCCUCCAGUUCUACACUCUGAGAGUAACUGUGAAACCGAGAAUCUCAAUGUACUUUGUAAGUAUGGAAUGUCUGCAUAUUUGUAAACUUGUUUUUCUUAUGUAUUUAAAAAUAUUGAUCUUUGACAUAAAAAUGGAAAUGCAUGCUAGC